AGGAGGGAGGCGGCCGCAUCCCGGCUGCUCUCCCCGGAGCCUGCGCAUGAGCACCGCAUCGCGCCUCCCGCCCUUCCCUCCUUUCCCUCCUCCUCCCCGUUCUUCUGCUCCAGCUCCGCGAGGGCCCGGCCGCCGCUCCGCGCCCCGCCCGGCCCCGGGAAUGCGCUGCUCGGCGGCCGCGGAGCGGGAUGGAGGUGGAGGAGGCGUUCCCGCUGGUGGGGCAGAUGGGCCCCUACCAGGUGUACCUGUGCGUCCUGCUGGCCGUGCUCCUGCAGUUACAUAGUGUGUCACGGGGAAGUGCGAGAGCAAGACUGAAGGCAGGUUCCACGACUGGUGUUAAUCUUUUGUCUGGUUUAUCAUCAGCCUCUGGAGCAUGGACCCACAGCUCUAUGUGGCCACUGAAGCCAUCCUCAUCGCAUUGGUGGGUGCAACUCCUCCCUACCACUGGGAUCUCCAAGGGCUCUCAGCUAAUCAGAGCCAUGGCAACCAUUCAGUGAGCGAGCAGGGAGCUUUUGGGGAAUGGCUUCUGACUGCCAACGGCAGCGAGGUGCGUAAGCACGUACACUUCGGCAGCAGCUUCACAUCCAUAGUCUCUGAGUGGUUUUUAAUUGGCAAUACAUCCUACAAAGUCAGUGCUGCCAGUUCUUUCUACUUCAGUGGUGUGUUUGUUGGAGCCAUCUCCUUUGGGCAGCUGUCCGAUCGCUUCGGGAGGAAGAAAGUCUAUCUCACAGGUUUUGCCCUUGACAUCUUGUUUGCCAUUGCAAACGGAUUCUCACCCUCAUAUGAAUUCUUUGCCGUUUCCCGAUUCUUGGUAGGGAUGAUGAAUGGUGGGAUGUCACUGGUAGCCUUUGUUCUACUGAAUGAGUGUGUGGGUACAGCCUACUGGGCAUUAGCAGGUUCUAUUGGUGGCUUGUUCUUUGCUGUUGGAAUUGCCCAGUAUGCUUUAUUAGGGUAUUUCAUUCGUUCCUGGAGGACUCUGGCUGUUGUGGUUAAUCUGGAAGGAACAGUCGUCUUUCUUCUCUCUCUAUUCAUUCCCGAGUCCCCCCGCUGGCUCUAUUCCCAGGGCCGACUGAACGAGGCAGAAGAUGCCCUCUACCUCAUUGCAAAGAGGAACCGCAAGCAGAAAUGCACUUUUUCAUUAAAACUCCCAGCAGAGAGGAGCUCCAGAGAGGCUGGCAGCUUUCUGGACCUGUUCCGAUACAGGAUUCUCCUGGGACGCACCUUGAUCAUGAUGUUCACCUGGUUUGUGUGCAGCUUGGUUUACUAUGGUCUUACCCUUAAUGUGGGUGACUUAGGCGGAAGUAUUUAUGCCAAUUUAGCCCUGUCAGGCUUGAUAGAAAUCCCAGCGUACCCAAUCUGUAUUUACUUGAUUAACCAAAAAUGGUUUGGUCGGAAACGAACGUUGAGUGCAUUUCUGUUCCUGGGAGGAUUGGCUUGUCUUAUUGUCAUGUUUCUGCCUAAGAAGAGAGAUACUGGAGUGUUUGCAGUGGUGAAUAGUCGCUCUCUGUCUUUGCUGGGAAAACUGACAAUCAGUGCUGCUUUUAAUAUUGUCUACAUCUACACAUCAGAACUUUAUCCCACGGUCAUAAGGAAUGUUGGAAUGGGUGCCUGCUCCAUGUUUUCCCGUGUUGGUGGAAUCAUUGCGCCUUUUGUCCCUUCAUUGAAAUCUGUACAGUGGUCUCUGCCUUACAUUGUGUUUGGAGCAACUGGUCUGUUGUCUGGGCUCUUAAGCUUGUUGUUGCCAGAGACCUUAAACAGCCCUUUGCUAGAAACUAUUUCAGACCUGCAGGUGUGCUCCUACUGGAGGCUGGGUGAUGAAGCCAUGUCACUGCAGGCCCUAGAUGGCUCACAGUCUGGAGACAAAGACAGCUCUGCAGGGAGUGGAAGUGAAGAUGAGGAGUUCUAUGAUGCUGAUGAAGAGACUCACAUGAUCAAGUAAUGAAAA